AUGGUCGGUGUCUUUCUUGCACCUGAAAGUCCGUGGUGGCAUGUUCGCAGAGGCGACAAGGCAGGCGCCAAAGCUGCAUUGCUUCGUCUGACCUCGCCAGACAAGGACCCGAACUUCAACGCCGACGAGACCAUUGCCAUGAUUGAGCAUACCAACGAAAUGGAGAAGAACAUGUCGGAAGGCACCCGAUGGACGGACCUGUUCAAGGGAACCGAUCUCCGACGAACCGAGAUCGUAUGCUUCACCUGGAUUGCUCAGACAAUCUGCGGGACCAACAUCAUGGGCUACUUCGCAUACUUCAUGCAGAAGGCAGGACUUCCCACCGUUCAAUCUUUCAACAUGUCGAUGAUCUCACUCGCCCUUGGCCUCGUCGGUACUGCUGGCUCGUGGUAUCUCAUGCAGAAGUUCGGUCGACGAACGAUCCAUUUCUCCGGCGGCUGCACACUCUUCAUUAUCCUGAUCAUCGUCGGAUCAUGCUCUUUUGCCGGUACCCAAGCUUCCAAUUGGGCUAUUGGCGCGGUGUUGAUCUUCUUCGUCUUCGUAUACGACUUCACGAUCGGUCCCGUCACAUACUCAAUCGUGUCGGAGAUGUCAUCCACAAGAUUGAAGGCCAAGACGAUCGUACUCGCGCGAGCGCUGUACAAUAUCUCGAAUAUUGUGGUCAACGUACUGACGAACUACCAGCUUGGAGAUGCCAACUGGGCCUGGGGAGCGAAGACGGCGUUCUUCUGGGCAGGUACUUGCGGCUGCGUUGUGGUGUGGGUGUACUUCAGGCUCCCAGAACCGAAGGGUCGGACGUAUGGGGAGCUAGACAUGUUAUUCGAGCAGAGGGUCAGCGCUCGGAAGUUUGCUAGUACGCAGGUCGACCCAUAUGGGCAUGGGCGUGUCGCGGAUGAGAAGGCUGCCGUGGGCUCGGAAUGGAAGGAAGCGAUACCCCAUAACGAUGCCGACGUCGUCGAUCCGCAGAAUGCUGCCCCGAACGCGGUCAUUACCCCCGCUGUGGAAUUGACCAGGCAAAUCUUCAAAACGUUGGUCGACGUCUACGAAGAGCGCAUAUACAGGAUAGUAGCUCUCAUACCGGCCGAAAAACUGCGAGAAGAGUUCGCGCAAAUGCAGACUUCGCCGACAUCUCGACAGCUCAUAUAUGCCUUUUGCGCGUACAUGGCAAACUUUGCGGAAGCUUCCACUAAUGCCAAUUGCGGAUCUACACAGUCUGCACAAAUGGACUCACAAAACUGCUACUUAGAUAAGACAUUACUCUCGCUGCAGCGAGAUAGGAUUACGCAGCUCGAACAUCGAUCAGUUUAUACCUCCUUCUUUCUGUACGGAGCUUACGCUGGCCGAGACGACUAUCGUCAAGCAUGGUUCUAUUUGAGAGAAGCAACUACCUUAUUUAUGAUGCUCAAAGACGAGGACAGGGAUUGGUUCGACAUGAAGACAAGGAAACGGCUGUUUUGGAUCCUGGUAGUGUCAGAAAGGAAUCGGCCCAUCACACUAUCUGUCACUUCCUCAAGCUACCCACUCGAUGGUCAUGAUGAUCUUGGCUUGCUCCACCUCGCAUCAGUCUUCCGACCGCUCGAUGAAGUCUUUUUCGCAGUGUGGAACGGUGCUGCGCAAAACUGCAGUAAAGAGUGGUUAAUCCAGCUCGAGAACGAUGUUCGCACCGCGCUGCCCACUGAUCUCGAACUUUCGAACGAAGAGAUUGCAAAUGCUCGCAUAUCGCAGUUCUGGCUACAGAUCAAACUAUGGGAGCUGUUUCCCCGCUUCGGGUUUCUCUCCACAGAGUCUGUUUACGAUUGCUUAACAUUCAGAUACCCCAUUCUGGUUGGCAAAGACUUGACCAUUCUCUCCAUGAAGCUACCUAUUCAGAGUCUGCAAAUACAUGGCGUCGGCAUGACGGAGAAGGUAUUCGACAUAGCCUGCGCUUUAGCUGACGUUCUUCAUUUCGUGCCUCAGUCUGCAUCACAUGCCGAACUCAGCCCCCCAGAUUACUUGACCCAGUUGAUGCUGUUGAUAGCAAAGCUACCGGGCGGCUCGUCUAAGUUCAUACCCUUGCUGCUAGCGAAAGUCAAUGAACUACUUCCGGAUCUGCUGGAGCACGUAUGCGAAGCAAUUCAAAUGCCAAUCCCCACCAAUCACAACCCUAUGAGUCCAGACACACGAUUUGUGUAUGAAGAGGAGGUUGGUAGAGGCCUUCACGCAGACUUGAGGAGAACGUUCUAG